UCCUCCUGCACCUCGAUGAGUCGCGUUUUUGCGCGCGGCUAUGCUUCGUCUUCGCGCUCACCCUCAUCGUCGCGCUACCUAGCCCGUCAGCGCAAAGACCCCUUUGCGGCUGGAGGAGGAGGAGGGCGAGGGAAAGGGAAGGAGCAGCAGCAGGGGGAGCCCUUUGUCUCGCGAGCGGCGCACAAGCUCCUCCAGCUCGAUGCGCGCGAUGGGUUCCUGACGCGCAACCCCAGCAGGACCGCCAGGCCGGGAGGGCUCGUUGUGGUGGAUCUGGGCGCGGCACCGGGCGGGUGGACACAAGUCGCCCUCUCUGCUCUGGCCUCUUCCGCUUCAGUCUCGGGCAAGGCAGGGCUGGGGGGCCAUGUCUUCUCGCUCGAUGUGCUCGACCUCGAUGCACGCGUCUUGGCGCAGAGCAGUCAAGGCGAGGAGACGGCCUUGACCUUUCUCAAGGGCAACUUCAACGAUGUCAGCGUCCGCAGCGAGCUGGGCGAGGCCAUUGGAGCCUGGCGAGGUCACGACGGCCACGGCGAUGCUGCGACAGAAGGCGGCACCAACGUUGAUGUUGUCCUGAGCGACAUGAUGGCCAACACGACUGGCAGCGCGCUCCGUGAUGCCGUCCUGUCGCUCGACCUCGUCCAGUCUGCCCUCAACUUUGCAUGCGCCCACCUCGUCGCUGGCCGGGCCGGCUUCUUUGUGGCAAAGUACUUUGAGUCUAGUGACGCCAACGAAUUCAGACGCGAGGAGCUCCAGCCUCGAUUUGAGGCAGUCGCCUCGAGAAAGGUCGCAGCCAGCAGGAGCGAGUCAAGAGAGAUGUACUGGGUCUGCAGAGGAUACAAGGGCAACCAGCUGUCGGCUUAGCCUCGUACGAAAAGGAAAUGACGGGCUCGACUGACGAACAGACUGGCUUGCGUCUUUGGCAGAAUGGUCAUCAACAGGUCGCCUCUCGCAACAACAACAUCAUCACCCUGGCCGGAUGGGUCUCAUAUUGCCUCGCAUCAACAAGCAUCCUCCCGGGGCCUUCCGGUCUCGGAUCGCACGGGCACAAAUAGCCUAGAGGAGAUAAGCCUGCAGAGGCUCAUGUUAUCUCGGGGCGCUCCAGGAGCUUGUUGUAGCUACGCCCGCUACGCCUUGGUUUAUGAGAAUGAAUGCACAAAGAUUGGCAAUAGCGAGAACGGCCUACUUCACUCAGUACAUCAGCAAUCAAUUGCAUCGAGAAGCGAU